UGCAGUCUCGUUCGGCGGGCGUUCGUCGUCGGUCGAAACUGGUGCGCGCGCGGGUGCGAAGGUAAAAGAGUGGAGACCAGAAAGAGGAGAACCCAUCUCGGAGCGGGAAGUUAUUAUUUUCUUUUUUUUUUUCCACGGCGUGUGAAAAGAGUACGAGCGGAAAAAAUACAGGCAGAAAGAGGAGAAGUAGGAUGUUGAGUGCGUGAGAGAACGAGAAGAAGGAGCCGAAAAAAGAUUCGGAGCCGGAAAAUGCGGACGCGACACGUCGUGGCAGUUCUGGCCACUUUGUUGGCUCUUACUCACGAAGCGCCUCAGAAUCCCAAACAUCAAAAUUACGAGGAGCAUCCUCGCGAGGCUUAUUUCAACGGUUCGGCGUUCUUGAAAUUGAGUUCCUUCGUAUCGGUGCACCGUCACAGUGGUCUCAGCUUCCGCACGUGCGAACCUGGUCGACUAUUUCUACAGAAGUACAAUGACAAUUCGAUCAGUCUCGAAGUGACACCCGAGGGACUGCUCUUUGUGGCUGUCGUUGAUCAGCAGAGAUAUCGAGCCAGGCUAAACGCCAGACUACUCAACAACGUCUGGCACAGCGUUAACUUGUUUUUUAGACUCGGCAAUCUCACCCUAAAUGCCGCCGGUCACACUCAGAUGGUUGCGAAUGCGACUUACAAUUCCGCCAUUCUAACGCUUCCUGACUAUGAUGUGAACAAUUCGCUCAUAGUCGGCGAAGGAUUCAGAGGUUGUAUCUUGCAAGGGCCUGGGAUUCUUUUCAACAACAGCAUUAAUAGUGGAGCCGUUUUUGGACCCUGCCUGUUGGAUAUCAAAGGAUGUGGAACGAGCGGCCUCGGCACAGGGGUCACUUCCGCCACAAUGGCCACUAUGGAUUUCUGUCACCAUGAGCCAUGCAUGAUGCAUGGUAAAUGCGUGUCGCGACAGGAUCGCUACGAGUGCCACUGUUACGCCCGAUAUUCCGGCAACAACUGCCAAAUUGACAAUGGUUCACCUUGUCAGAACACACCUUGCCGCAACGGUGGCACCUGUAGCGAAGAUGUACGCGGUGACUUCAGUUGUAGCUGUAAGCCCGGUUUUACUGGCAACUUUUGCGAAUCUCAAUUGGGAGUACGAUUAUGCGAGCAGAAUCCAUGUAGAAACGACGGUAUUUGCAUGGCGCUAACAGACAGCGAGUACAAGUGCCAGUGUCAGCCUGGUUGGACUGGAAAGAAGUGUGAAAUUAAUAUCAAUGAAUGCGCUUCGAAUCCGUGCAAAAACGGUGGCAUCUGCAUCGACGGAAUCAAUAAUUAUACGUGCAGAUGUGAUAGAACUGGCUAUGAGGGUCUCAACUGUGAUGUAGACAUCGACGAAUGUGAGGCAAAUCCAUGCUUGAAUAACGGCAUAUGUUAUGAUUAUUAUGGUGCCUAUAUCUGCCACUGUCCGACAGGCUUUGAGGGUCAGAAUUGCGAGCUUAAUCUGAACGAGUGCUUGACCGAACCCUGUGCUAAUGGCGGUAAGUGCGUCGACGACGUGGGCACUUACCACUGUGAGUGCCUCCCAGGAUUCACCGGUCGUCAUUGCGAACUGAGAGGUCUCUGCGAGAACGCAGCCUGUCCGCCUAACAGCAUCUGCGUGGAGGAUGCUCAUGGACCUCAGUGUGUCUGCAAUCCCGGUUUUAUGGGUAAUCCGCCUAAUUGCACUGUCAACUACUGCGCUAGCAAUCCUUGCGCCAACGGUGGCACUUGUACUAGCGGCAAAGAUGGUUUCAAUUGCACCUGCUUACCUGAAUGGAGAGGAAAGAAUUGCCAGAUCGAUAUAGACGAAUGUCUAUCACAACCAUGCCAGAAUGGUGGUAUCUGUAUCGACCGUGUUAAUGGAUAUAUCUGCAACUGCACUAGAGAUUUCAUGGGUGAUAAUUGCGAACGGGAAUAUGAUGCAUGCGUCAUAAAUCCUUGUCAAAACAAUGGUACCUGUAUGCUGAUGCCAAGAUCAAAGAGAGAAUUCGUUUGUGAAUGUCCACACGGCUUUGAGGGCAAGGUAUGCGACGUGAAUAUCGAUGAUUGUAUAGACGUGAUGUGUCCAGAUGACAAGAUUUGCGUUGAUGGUAUCGCUAAUUACGAAUGCAAAUGCCGCGAAGGCUACAGAGAUCCCAAUUGCACACUGAUCGUGGAUCAUUGUGCAACGAAGCCGUGCAACAAUAACAGCACGUGCAUCGAUCUCGGUGAUCACGGUUUUGAAUGUAAAUGUAUCGAAGGCUUUCAAGGUCAGUAUUGCGAUCUUGAUGUAAACGAAUGUGAGUUGCACGGCAAUUCUCUAUGCAAUAACGGGAUCUGCAUUAAUACUGAGGGUAGCUACAACUGCUUUUGCCGGCCGGGCUUUUCCGGCGAUCAUUGUGACAUCAAUAUCGAUGAAUGUUUGUGCGGUCCUUGCAAGAAUAAUGCUACGUGUCUCGAUGGUAUCAACAUGUUCCAGUGUCUAUGCCAACCAGGUUAUACUGGUAAAACCUGCGAGAUAGACGUGAACGAGUGCGACAGUAACCCGUGCCACAACGGGGCACAAUGUGUCAAUGGUAUAGCAUCGUACACGUGCGUAUGCCCGGUUGGAUUUCUCGGUAUUAAUUGCGAGAUCAACGUCAACGAAUGCGAAUCAUCACCUUGUAUGAAUCAAGGAAAGUGUAUCGAUGGCAUAAAUGAUUACACUUGCGAUUGCAGUGAUACUGGUUUUGAGGGUCUACAUUGUGAGAAUAAUAUCGACGAAUGUUUGCCACAACCGUGUGUAAAUGGUGGACUGUGUCUGGACGACAUCAAAAGUUACAAAUGCCAAUGUUAUACCGGCUACAUUGGUAAGAACUGUGAAGUAGAUGUAAACGAGUGUGAGAGUUCGCCCUGUCAAUAUAAUGGCACUUGUCUUGAGCGAUCAAACAAAAACCUUUACAAAAGUGAGGCUCUAAACUUACCUGCGAUCUUUACCCAAGAAUUCAAUUACACCAAUGCCAGCGGAUAUGAGUGCCUCUGCGUCCAAGGUGUCACCGGCAAGAAUUGUGAAGUGAAUAUCAACGAAUGUGACAGCAAUCCCUGUGGUCCAGGUACCUGUAUGGAUCGUAUCGGCGGCUACACUUGUGAUUGUGACGAGGGCUACGAAGGAGAUCACUGCCAACACGAAAUUGACGAAUGCAAAAGAUAUAGUCCCUGCGAGCAUGGAGUGUGCACAGACGGUAAAGCCGAUUAUUUUUGCAAUUGUGAACCGGAAUACGGUGGCAAAAAUUGCUCGGUAAAGUUAAUGGGCUGUCAAGGCAAUGCCUGUCAAAAUGGAGGCACUUGCUGGCCCUAUCUAGUCGAUGAGACCAUUCACAAGUUCAAUUGCACGUGUCCCAACGGCUACCAUGGUGAAGUUUGUGAUUAUGUGACGACAAUGUCUCUAAGCGGCAGCUCGUAUGUCUUGGUGAAUACCACGCGCGACGAGGGCUACGAUAUCCAAUUUCGCUUCAGGACUACCUUACCGAAUGGUCUGCUAGCUAUUGGUAGGGGUGUGACCAUUUAUAUUCUUCAGUUGGUGAACGGCAAACUCAAUAUACAUUCUAGUAUAUUAAAUAAAUGGGAUGGAGUCUUCGUUGGUAGUGGACUCAACGAUUCCAAUUGGCAAAAGGCCUUUGUAGCGAUUAAUGCGACUCAUCUCGUUCUUUCCGCCAAUGAGGAACAAACUAUCUAUCCCAUCAGUCCCAAUGAAGGUUCUAAUUCAUCGAACCACACAUCUUUCCCUACGACUUUUGUGGGCGGAAGUCACAUCAGCUCCUUGAGCUUCUUGAGAAGAUUGUCUCGCUUACCUUCGUUUACUUUCUUUGUCGGCUGCAUGGAAGAUGUUGUCAUCAACGGCGAAUGGGUCUACUCCGGCACCACAUCAAAAACUGUGUACAUGGAGGAUGUGGAAGCGGGCUGUCCUCGAGAAGCUCAAUGCUCACCAAACCCUUGUAAAAAUAGCGGUCACUGUACUGAUCGUUGGCGUGAUUUCUAUUGCAAGUGUGAGCGUCCUUACCUUGGUCACACAUGCCAGUACAACAUGACAGCAGCCACCUUUGGCUACGAGAAUAUCACGAAUGGUUACGUGACCGUAAGGGUCAGCGAUGCGGCCAGACGUACUGUCAGCUCGGUCGUUGAUAUCUCUAUGUUUAUUCGCACACGGGAGAGCUACGGUGAUAUUUUCUAUUUGGGUACGGAACCAGAUUCUCAAGUCGAUCAGAAGUCUCAAGAGAAGACCUACAUAGCGGCACAAUUGGAGGGCGGGGAAUUGCGUGUGAGGAUUCAAUUUAACGGCACGGAAGCUUACACCGUCGGUGGUGUAAAGCUCAAUGAUGGAAACAACCAUCUGAUCCAAGUGGCGAGAAAUGUCACUCUCGUUCAAGUGAAAAUCAACGGUACUGAAUACUUCCGCAAAACCAUUAGUGCUACAGGUGAUCUAAAUGUUACCGUUUUCUAUCUGGGAGGACUUCCACAGUCAUCACGAUACAUUCGUCAAGUUGAUAGUAGACAAAUGGAAGUGCAACAAAUGCCACAAAUUAAUUUCAAAGGCAUUAUCCAAGAUGUGCAGAUAUCAAACGGUACAAGAACAAUGGUCGUGGAAUUUUUCCCGCUAAAGGCACAGGACAUUCCUGCACUUAUUCAAUUCGGCAAUGUCUCCUUCGAUCCUGAAAAAGUCCUCGAGGGUGUGGUAUCGGAUGAUGUGUGUGUAAGCAGUCCGUGCAAUCACAAUGGCACAUGUCAUGUCACGUGGAAUGACUUCUGGUGUCAGUGCCCGCGGGGUUAUACCGGCAAAACUUGCCAAGAGAUGGAAUUCUGUCAAUUGCAAGACUGUCCGGCAGGAUCACGUUGCCAGAACCUUGACGACGGUUACGAAUGCAUCGCCAACGCGACCUUUGACGGUAUUUCCACUGUCUUCACGUAUACGUACGGUCGCGUUACAGAUAUUGCCAGUGAUCUACCACUUGAUACCAUCGAGAUCACUUACCGAUCCAAUAUCGGUGGCACGCUACUUCACAUAGCGCCUCACAUGGGUGACCAACAUUUCACCGUGUCUGUCUUCAAAGACAACGUUACUGUAUCCUGGCGGCUCGAUUUAGAAAAUCAAAAUAAUGUCUCUUUUGGUAAGAGUCAACCUGACGGAAAUUGGACUUCAUUGCUCAUCAAACUGAAUAACAAUUCUGUGGAGUGCGGUUACGCUAAUCCUACUGAAGAGCAGCCUCAUAUAAGUCUCAACUUUAGCUUCCAACUGUGGUAUGAUCUACUGGUAACAGGAACAGUUAUCCUCGGUGGAAUUUCCUCCAGUGCUUUAUCCGACAAGGAUACUUAUCUUACUGUUGGAUCUAGAUCUGAGAAUAGAAACGGAAUUGAGGGCAAUAGCGUGGAUUAUGAACAUAGAUUGACGACCAUGCCUCCACAUAGUAUGAUAUCCGGAGAACCAUUUAAGGGCUGUCUCGGUGAAGUACGUAUCGGCAGUAUAUUGUUGCACUAUUUCACCUACGAAGAAGUUUAUCAGAAUGCGAACUUCACCCCGUUGGAAUAUCUGGAAUUGCAGGGUAACGAUAACGCCACUCAUCGCGACAGCAUCGGUUGUCAAUUGUGUUUCGACACGGAUUGCCAAAACAAUGGUUAUUGUUUCGAUAAGGCCAAUAGUUACAUGUGCGAAUGUCCGGCAGGUUAUGCCGAGGACGACUGUUCUUUUAAUAUCGACGAGUGCAUCGACAACAAGUGCCAAAACGGCGCGACUUGUGUCGAUGGUAUUGCCAAUUAUACCUGCGUAUGCAAGAACGGAUGGCAAGGAUGGCUAUGCGAUAGUGACAUCAACGAGUGCGUAACGCUUAGUCCGUGUAAACAUGAGGGCAUAUGCGUAAAUCUACCGGGCUCAUUCAGGUGUGAGUGCCCUGAUCAAUUUACUGGUGAACUAUGCGAAAGCUUCCGAUUAAUCACCUGCAAGAAUGAGCCAUGUAAGAGCGGAGCAACCACGUCUUGCUUAGACGAACCGAAUCCAAAGACCGGUAAUAACUUCACCUGCAAUUGCGCACCCGGCUACGACGGCCCGACCUGUGACACACCCUAUUGUUUCCACACAAAGUGCCAAAACGGAGGCAGAUGCGAAUUCCUCAUUCCAUAUAAGGCGCCAAAAUGCAUCUGUCUUGUCGGUUACACUGGUACGUACUGCGAGAUCAACAUUGAUGACUGCGCGGUGGAUUCUGAGGGCAACGGGCCUUGCCAGAAUGACGGCAAGUGCUAUGACGGAGUGAACAAAUAUGUGUGCGAUUGCCAGGGUACUGGAUACUCCGGAAUUAAUUGUUCCGUCGAUGUGAAUGAGUGUCAGGAUUUAGAGAUCGAUUGUGGGCACGGUAAAUGCGAGAAUCUGCCUGGUAUCUAUCAGUGCAUCUGCGACGACGGCUAUUGCGGCUACAAUUGCGGCAUGGCGAAUCCAUGCCAGGAUGAUUUCUGCCACAAUGGUGGCACAUGCGAAUGUGGUGACGAUGGUGAAUACAUAUGUCGAUGCACUCCUAAUUACACGGGACGAAAUUGUACAGAGCUGGAAUAUAAUUAUUUAAGCGGCCAAGCUCUCGACAUAGUGGUAAUCGUAGGCCCGAUCGUGGGCUGUCUCCUCCUAAUUGCCAUCGUAUCUCUUAUAGCGCUUUUUAUGAUGGCUAGGAAAAAACGUGCAACACGUGGCACAUACAGUCCAAGUGCUCAGGAGUUCAGCAAUCCAAGAGUGGAGAUGGAUAAUGUAAUGAAGCCUCCACCAGAGGAGAGAUUGAUUUAAUCGUGACAAUCGGAAGAAGAUAAACCGUAAUUAGGUAAU